AUGAUGGGAGAUUCGCCAAGAAAAUCUGGACGAAUUUUAGCCCUCAGUGAUUCGCAAAAUGAAGCUUCAAAUAGUAAAAUCAUAGGAAGAAAAUCUGGUAUAACUCCGUCUGAAGGAAAGAAAUUUGCAAAAAGUGGCGAGGAAGAUCAAGCUACGAGUUCUUCAACCGGGUUUGGUACAAAAUCGAAUAGAAGACAAGGAAAGGUUGAAGAAGAACAAGGAACCUCAUCAUCAGUUCGAAAAUCGCCGAUGAAAAGUAGAGCAAGAAUAGAAAUGAAAAGAAUUUGUGAGAAACUUGAGGAGGAAGAAGAUGAUGAAGAUGAGGAGAAGGAAAAUUAUAAUAGUGAGGAUAUAUUGAUGGAUAGAAGAAGAAUUGUUGUAAAGGUGAAUAUUAUUUGGUUACUUUUUAAGAAAAUAUUAUGGGCCUAUGCAGAAUAAUAUUUUGUAAUAUUUUUUGAUUUUCCGGAAAAUGAGCUUUAAUAGUAAUAUUUACAAUUUCGCCUAAAUUUUGGGAAAUUUUCUCAGUUUAUGAUAGAAAAAAUGACAUUUUUGCAAUUUUUCAAAUUGUACUAUUUUUUUGAACAUUAACGUUUCUAAUAGUUACUAAAUUAUCUGUGAAUAGAAGAAUUGUAGAUAAAAAUAAUUUUUUGUGCCAAAUCAAAGCUGAAAAUCAAAAUUUCAGACAUUAAAAAAUUUUCCGAAUUUUUUGCUUCAAAAAAUCCGGAAACUUUCCGUUUUCCGGGUUUUGAUUUUCCGGCACAGGCCUGUUUUUUUUAGAGACAAUGUGAAAUUGAGAGAUUGCAGACUUGAUUUUUGUUUUUUGUGCGAAAAAUCAAGUCUGCACUCUCUCAAUUUCACAUUGUCUCUACACUUUCGACGUUUUUCUGUAUUGGAAAAAAAAUGUUUUUUUUAUUAUUACAAAACCCGAAAAACGAAAAGUCCGAAUAUUUUUCAAUGUCUGAAAUUCCGAUUUUCAGCGUUAAUUUGGCACUAAAAAUCAAUUAGUAACUAUUCGAAACGUUUUACGUUCAAAAAAUAGUAAAAUUUGAAAAAUUGAAAAAAUUUCAUUUUUUCUAUCAUAAACUGAGAAAAUUUCCCAAAAUUUAGGCUCCGGAAAAUUGAUUUUUCCUUGAAAAAACCGGAAAAUAUGGAAAUUCAGAAAAUUUCCGGCACAGGCCCUGUUACAAAAUAUUAUUCUACAUAGGCCCAUUAUAAUGUUUUUCAGACUGGGAAUUAUGAUAAAGAUGAAUUAAAUGAAGCCAAUCUUAUCAUCAAAAAAGCUUAUAUUGAAGUUCGCAAGAUCUAUGAUGAAAAUGUCGAGGAGGAACUAGAAACUUCAUUCACCGAAUUACUUCAGAAAAAACGCCCUCGAACAUCUCGCUCAAAUUUUGCGCCUCGAAAUGAUACUGAAAAUAUUCGAGAAAAUCAAGGGUAUGCUCCAUUAUAUGGACCAGAUGCUCUUCCACCAAUGACAUAUUGGAUUCAUCUCGAAACAUCCAUCAAAACUGAAGAUAAUUUGAGAUUAUCACAUGUUCCAUAUUUGAAAGAAGAUCAAAAUGAUGAUGAUUUGUUGGAAAAUUUGAAUUUAUUAUAUGAAGAAGGAAUUCAUGGAUAUUCGGAUAAUUGGAAUUAUAUCAAUGAUGAUAUGCUUUAUGAUGUUCUUGUUGAAUGUCUUUCCAAAUUUCAAGGAUCCCAAGAUACUCUUUAUUAUGCAUUUUAUCAAUUGUUUCCAAACAAAUAUUCGCAGAGACAACUGCCGGAGAUGUAAGUUUUUGGGAAUUUUUGGCGAAUUUUCAAAAAAAAAAUGUCGAAAAAAGCCAAAAAUGAUGAAAAAUCGAUAUUUUUGGAGCUUCUGGAGUGAUUUUUGAUGAAAAAUGACCUUCAGAAGGUUUUGCUGAUUUCUCGAAACUUCAACAAAAACUUCUGAAAAGUGGAUUCCAGGGUCAAUUUUUAUCAGAAAUUACUCCAGAAGCUUAAAAAUAUCGAUUUGUCAUCAUUUUUGGCUGGAAAACUCGAAAAACUAAUUUUUCAGCCAAAAAUGAUGACAAAUCAAUAUUUUUCAAGCUUCUGAAGUGAUUUCUGAUGAAAAUAAGCUUCGAGAACCCAAUUUUGUUUUAUUUUAUGAAUUUUUUCGAAAUUCGAGCGAAGCGAGUGUAGACCGCAAGCUUCCGCGUAAGCGGCACUAUCUUCCGCGCAGCGGCCACGCGGAUUACUAUAACAUGGAAUAUCAGUACGAUUUUUUCGAAGUCAUAGUAAUCCACGUGGCCGCUGCGCGGAAGAUAGUGCCGCUUACGCGGAAGCUUGCGGUCUACACUCGCUCCGCUCGAGAAGCCAAAAAUGAUGAGAAAUCAAUAUUUUUCAAGCUUAUGAAGUAAUUUCUGAUGAAAAUUGACCCUGGAAUCCAAUUUUCAGAAGUUUUUGUUGAAGUUUCGAGAAAUUUAUCGAAAAAACUUCUGAAAAGUGGAUUCCAAGGUCAAUUUUCAUCAGAAAUUACUCCAGAAGCUUCAAAAAUCUCGAUUUUUCAUCAUUUUUCACAUCAGCCCUUUUUUGUUGUUGAAAAACCAGGUUUCAGAGAGAAAAAAUACAGAUUUGAAUAAUUUCUGCUGAAUUUGUGAAAAAUCAGAAGAUUUUCAAAAAUUUUCAGAAUUUUUUUCAUAAAAAAUUCUGGAAAAUUUGAUUCACUGUAGUUUUGGAGAAAAAUUCAGAAAAAUAAAAAUUUUCAAGUCAAGUUUGAAUAAUUUCUACUGAACUUAUCAAAUAUUGAACAAAUUUCAAUUUUUUUGGAAAAAUUCUAGAAAAUUUGAUUAACUUGGAGAAAAAAGAGGUCAAAAUUAGUUGUUUUUUGAAGUUUUCAGCCAAAAAUGAUGAAAAAUCAAUAUUUUUUAAGCUUCUGAAGUAAUUUCUGUUGAAAAUUGACCCUGGAAUCCACUUUUCAGACGUUUUUGUUGAAGUUUCGAGAAAUUUAUCGAAAAAACUUCUGAAAAGUGGAUUCCAAGGUCAAUUUUCAUCAGAAAUCACUCCAGAAGCUUGAAAAAUAUCGAUUUCUCAUCAUUUUUGGCUCUAAAACUUAAAAAAAACUAAUUUUUCGACAUUUUUUGACUUUUCGUGAAUCAGCCCUAAUUAUUAUAGAUACAGAAAAUUGUUUGAACGUUUUUCCAACAAAAAUCAUUUUGGAUCAAAGAGAAGACUUCAACCGGAAAUCGAUAAUCAUUCAAUGGAAAUGGGAUUUUGUUCGUCAUGUUUAUCAUAUGAUUGUAUCACACAUGGUAAAAAAAAAUUUUACGUUUUACGGUUUUUACGGCUCAAAAAAUCGUAAAAAAUCACUAAAUCUAGUGAAUUUUGACAGAAUCAAAUUGAAACUUCAAAAAAAAACACAACAUUUUUUUGAAAGAAAAUUCUGAUUAAUUAAUUUUUUUGACGGAUAUGGAUAAUAAUAUUGUUAAAAUUAUGCUUGAGCUACGAUAAGUUAUCGAAUCGCAAUUUUUGAAAAAAAAAGGCUGGGAUUUGGUAACUUAUCGUAACUCAAGCAUAAUUUUAACAAUAUUAUUAUCCAUAUCCGUCAAAAAAUUAAUUAAUUAGGAUUUAAGCAAAAUUUUCUUUCAAAAAAAUUUUGUGUUUCUGUCAAAAUUCACUAGAUUUAGUGAUUUUUUACGAUUUUUUGAGCCGCAAAAACCGUAAAACGUAAAACGUAAAAAUUUCCCAGGUGGAUUACUAUAACGUGAAAUAUCAGUACGAUUUUUCGAAGUCAUAGUAAUCCGCGUGGCCGCUACGCGGAAAAUAGUGCCGCUUACGCGGAAGCUUGCGGUCUACACUCGCUCCGCUCGAAAAAAAUCCAAUCAAAAUCAUAUUUUGUUCGAGCGGAGCGAGUGUAGACCGCAAGCUUCCGCGUAAGCGGCACUAUCUUCCGCGCAGCGGCUAAGUUACCCUAACUUCUUUUCGGUUAAUUGAGGAAAUUGUGGUAACGUAGCCGCUUCGCGGAAAAUAGUGCCGCUGACGCGGAAGCUUGCGGUCUACACUCGCUUCGCUCGAACAAAAUAUUAGUCUGGACCGCAAGCUUCCGCGUAGCGGUCACGUGGAUUACUAUAACGUGUAGUAAUCCGCGUGGCCGCUGCGCGGAAAAUAGUGCCGCUGACGCGGAAGCUUGCGGUCUACACUCGCUCCGCUCGAAAAAAUCCAAUCAAAAUCAUAUUUUGUUCGAGCGAAGCAGUGUAGACCUGCAAGCUUCCGCGUCAGCGGCACUAUCUUCCGCGCAGCGGCUAAGUUACCCUAACUUCUUUUCGGUUAAUUGAGGAAAUUGUGGUAACGUAGCCGCUUCGCGGAAAAUAGUGCCGCUGACGCGGAAGCUUGCGGUCUACACUCGCUUCGCUCGAACAAAAUAUUAGUCUGGACCGCAAGCUUCCGCGUAGCGGUCACGUGGAUUACUAUAACGUGUAGUAAUCCGCGUGGCCGCUGCGCGGAAAAUAGUGCCGCUGACGCGGAAGCUUGCGGUCUACACUCGCUCCGCUCGAAAAAAAUCCAAUCAAAAUCAUAUUUUGUUCGAGCGAAGCGAGUGUAGACCGCAAGCUUCCGCGUCAGCGGCACUAUCUUCCGCGCAGCGGCUAAGUUACCCUAACUUCUUUUCGGUUAAUUGAGGAAAUUGUGGUAACGUAGCCGCUUCGCGGAAAAUAGUGCCGCUGACGCGGAAGCUUGCGGUCUACACUCGCUUCGCUCGAACAAAAUAUUAGUCUGGACCGCAAGCUUCCGCGUAGCGGUCACGUGGAUUACUAUAACGUGUAGUAAUCCGCGUGGCCGCUGCGCGGAAAAUAGUGCCGCUGACGCGGAAGCUUGCGGUCUACACUCGCUCCGCUCGAAAAAAUCCAAUCAAAAUCAUAUUUUGUUCGAGCGAAGCGAGUGUAGACCGCAAGCUUCCGCGUCAGCGGCACUAUCUUCCGCGCAGCGGCUAAGAUACCCUAACUUUCUAGAUUUUCUGUAGAAGUUAUGGUAACUUUACCGUUGCGCGGAAGCUUGCGGUCUACACUCGCUUCGCUCGAACAAAAUAAGUCUGGACCGCAAGCUUCCGCGUAGCGGUCACGUGGAUCACUAUAACGUGUAGUAAUCCGCGUAGCCGCUGCGCGGAAGCUUGCGGUCUACAUUAAUACAUAGUUAACUUUUUCCCCAGGAUUCCGCGCAAAUCUCCCCGCCAAAUUUUCAAAUGGUCGAUGGCAAUCAGUUUUGCUUCAAAUCCCUGCGAAAAAUCCAGCUUCGAAAAAAUGUUCCGCUGAUUGCUGGAAAACUAUUCCGAGAGAAGUGAGUUUUUCAAAAUUCGAAAAAAUUUUUUUUUUCAAUUUCUUGCAGAGGGUUCUAAGUGAUUUGGAACUUGAUGAAGAUGAGAUUUCGAAUGAUAAUAUAGCUUCAGUAUUUUUCGAUAAAACCGAAAUCACAAGACUCACUGAAACCCAAGGAUCUUCAUUUUUAUCAGCAUUUGCGGUGAACCAAGAGGUCCACAAGAGUUUUUGUAAUUAUUCUGAAAGUCUUCUCGCAAAUCUGGUUGGAAACAAUCAAAAAAGUUGUAGACAACUCUACGAACUUGUUUUAACGUAUUCUAGAAAACCUUCGGAAAUUCGGCAGUUUGUUGAUCGUGAAAAACUUCGAAUGUAUGUUUGAUAAUUUAAAUUAAAAUUUAAAAAAAAUAAAUUUGUUUUUUCAGGGAUCCGAGAGAAAUGCAGAAGAAUUUCGUUAGAAAUACAACUUGGAAUUCUGGUGUUGGAACGGUAAUUAUUGCACGAAAAGUCAAAAAAUGUCGAAAAAUCGAUAUAGUAAUCCGCGUGGCCGCUGCGCGGAAGAUAGUGCCGCUGACGCGGAAGCUUGCGGUCUACACUCGCUUCGCUCGAGAAGCCAAAAAUGAUGAAAAAUCUAGAUUUUUGAAGCUUCUGAAGUGAUUUCUGAUGAAAAUUGACCCUGGAAUCCACUUUUCAGAAGUUUUUGUUUUAUGAAUUUCGAAAAAUCAACAAAAAUUUCUGGAAGUGAAUUUCAAGGUCAAUUUUCAUCAAAAAUUUCUCCAGAAGCUUGAAAAAUCCCGAAUUGUCAUCAUUUUUGGUUUCUCGAGCGAAGCGAGUGUAGACCGCAAGCUUCCGCGUAGCGGCCACGCGGAUUACUACACGUUAUAGGAUUACUAUAAAGUGGAAUAUCAGUACAUUUUUUCGAAGUAAUCCGCGUGGCCGCUGCGCGGAAGAUAGUGCCGCUAUGAUUAUGAAUGGAUUUUUUUCGAGCGAAGCGAGUGUAGACCGCAAGCUUCCGCGCAGCGGUAAAGUUACCAUAACUUCUACAGAAAAUCUAGAAAGUUAGGGUAACUAAGCCGCUGCGUGGUAGAUAGUGCCGCUUACGCGGAAGAUUGCGGUCUACACUCGCUCCGCUCGAACAAAAUAAUAGUAUAAACCGCAAGUUUCCGCGCAGCGGCCACGCGGAUUACUAUGACUUCGAAAAAAAAAAUUCGUUCCUGAAUCAUCCCUAAUAAAAUUUUGUUUGAGGUCCAAAACAAAUACAAAAUGCAACCUUGCGAUCAUGAAGGUCCUUGUGGAAAUCAAACUAAUUGUACCUGCACAAAAAAUGGAGUUUGCACAAAAUUAUGUGGUUGUGAUGACAGUUGCCGAAUGAAAUUCCCGGGUUGUCGAUGUGCACCGGGACAGUGUCGAACAAAACAAUGUCAAUGUUUUUAUGCGAAAUGGGAAUGUGAUCCAUAUUUGUGUAAAUCUUGUCAAUGCGGUAUGAGAAUAAUUCACGAAAAGUCAAAAAAUGUCGAGAAAAUUUCGCAUUUUUCCAAUCUACAGUACCUCUACAGUAACCCUAGGCUUGUGGGAUAUCAAAAAUCGCAAAUUUCGCAUUUUUCCAAUCUACAGUACCUCUACAGUAACCCUGGGCUUGUGGGAUAUCAAAAAUCGCAAAUUUCGCAUUUUUCCAAUCUACAGUACCUCUACAGUAACCCUAGGCUUGUGGGAUAUCAAAAAUCGCAAAUUUCGCAUUUUUCCAAUCUACAGUACCUCUACAGUAACCCUGGGCUUGUGGGAUAUCAAAAAUCGCAAAUUUCGCAUUUUUCCAAUCUACAGUACCUCUACAGUAACCCUGGGCUUGUGGGAUAUCAAAAAUCGCAAAUUUCGCAUUUUUCCAAUCUACAGUACCUAGUAUUUCUCGAGUUUUUCAGCCAAAAAUGAUGAAAAAUCAGGAUUUUUGAAGCUUCUGGAGUGAUUUCUGAUGAAAAUUGACCUUCAGAAGUUUUUGCUGAAUUUCGAAAAAAUUCAUAAAAUAAAGCAAAAUAAGGUUCUCGAAGCUUAUUUUCAUCAGAAAUCACUCCAGAAGCUUAAAAAAUAUCGAAUUUUCAUCAUUUUUGGCUCUAAAACUUACAAAAAAACUAAUUUUUCGACAUUUUUUUCAUUUUUUCGUUCCUGAAUCAUCUUUAAAAGUUUUGCAGAUACAAUCGGACCACAAGAGAAUACUUGUCGAAAUUCGUCGAUUUCAAAAGGAAUUCAGAAAAAAUUGGCUGUUCGACCAUCGCAAGUCGCUGGAUGGGGAGCUUAUAUAAUGGAAGAUGUGGAAAAAGGAGAAUUAAUCUCUGAAUACACUGGAGAAGUUAUAUCUUCGUCAGAAGUUGAGAGACGUGGACAUAUUUAUGAUCAGUUCAAAACCAGUUAUAUUUUUGGUAUGAUUUUGAAGAUUUAUCCGCGUGGCCGCUUCGCGGAAGAUAGUGCCGCUGACGCGGAAGCUUGCGGUCUACACUCGCUUCGCUCGAACAAAAUAAGUCUGGACCGCAAGCUUCCGCGUAGCGGUCACGUGGAUUACUAUAACGUGUAGUAAUCCGCGUGGCCGCUGCGCGGUAGAUAGUGCCGCUUACGCGGAAGCUUGCGGUCUACACUUAAAAUAAUAUUUUGUUCGAGCGGAGCGAGUGUAGACCGCAAGCUUCCGCGUCAGCGGCACUAUCUACCGCGCAGCGGCUACGUUACCACAACUUCCUCAAUUAACCGAAGAAGUUAGGGUAUCUUAGCCGCUGCGCGGAAGAUAGUGCCGCUGACGCGGAAGCUUGCGGUUUACACUCGCUUCGCUCGAAAAAAAUAUAUUUUUUCAGCUCUGAAUGAAGAUGAAUGUGUGGAUGCGUUUUGUAUGGGGAAUUUGAUUCGAUUUGCAAAUCAUUCGGAAAAUCACAGCAAUUGCUAUUCAAAAGUUGGUUUUUUUUGAAAAAAAUGUUAAAAAAUGGUUUUUUUAACAUCGAAAAGUCAAAAAAUGUCGAAAAAUUAGUUUUUUUUUGAGUUUUAGAGCCAAAAAUGAUGAAAAAUCGAAAUUUUUGAAGCUUCUGGAGUGAUUUUUGAUGAAAAUUGACCCUUGAAUUCACUUUUCAGAAGUUUUUGCUGAUUUUUCGAAAAAUAAAAACUUCUGAAGGUCAAUUUUCAUCAGAAAUUACUCCAGAAACUUGAAAAAUAUCGAUUUGUCAUCAUUUUUGGCUCUGAAACUUCAAAAAAAAAACUAAUUUUGACCUCUUUUUUCUCCAAGUUACCCAAAUUUUCUAGAAUUUUUUCCGAAAAAAAUUGAAAUUUUUUUCAAUAUUUGAUAAGUUCAGUAGAAAUUAUUCAAACUUGACUUGAAAAUUUUUAUUUUUCUUCUUUUUCUCCAAAACUACAGUGAACCAAAUUUUCCAGAAUUUUUUAUGAAAAAAAUUCUGAACUUUGGAAUUUCUAAAAUUUUUGAAAAUCUUCUGAUUUUUCAAAAAUUCAGCAGAAAUUAUUAUUCAAAUCUGUAUUUUUUUUCUCUGAAACCUGGUUUUUCAACAACAAAAAAGGGCUGAUGUGAAAAAUGAUGAAAAUUCGGGAUUUUUCAAGCUUCUGGAGUGAUUUCUGAUGAAAAUUGACCUUCAGAAGUUUUUUGUUUUAUGAAUUUUGAAAAAUCAACAAAAACCUCUGAAAAGUGGAUUCCAGGGUCAAUUUUCAUCAAAAAUCACUCCAGAAGCUUCAAAAAUAUCGAUUUUUCAUCAUUUUUGGCUCUAAAACUUAAAAAAAAACUAAUUUUUCGACAUUUUUUUGACUUUUCGUGAAUUUCAAUGUUGAAAAAACAUUUUUAAACAUUUUUUUGUUUACAGAUUAUAUUGGUGAAUGGUAACCAUCGAAUUGGAAUCUUUGCAAAAGAAGAUUUAAAAAAGGGCGACGAACUCUUAUUCGACUACAGUUAUAAUCAACAACAUAAAGAGGAAUUUGUUGCAAAUGAUAAAUUGGGAAAAUUGUUAGUUUUUUAUUUUUAUUGAAUUCUAAAAAUGAAUAAAAUUGCCAUGUUUUUUUGCAGAAUUCCACCGAAGAAAGCAAAAAAGAUCGAGAAAUCUCUUCAAGUUCAGAAAAAGUUGUGA